UGUGUGUGUGUGUGUCAGCAGCGCCAGACUGUUUUGUUUUUGUCUUUUGUUUGUAUUGGACAGAUUUGCCCUCCUGUCUUUUAUAUACAGCUAACCUGCGUUUCCUUUUAGCAUGUAUUUUACACACAGUGUAUUAGAGUUGACAUGAAUGUUGUUGUUGUUGUUGUUGUUGUUGUUGCUGCUGUUGCUGCGCUGUCGCUGUGCCAUUUUAAUCUUUCAAGUUGGUGAAUACAGCAGCUACGUUUGUUAAAGGAACCUCACUUUUUUUAAAGGUUUUCAAAGUUGCACUGUUGUAGCUGUUUUGCUAAAUUCGUUCUCCUUUGUUUUGCUGCUUUAGUGUGUUCCAGAGAAAAGCUAAAGUCCUGAAGCGUCACGUGCUGGACAUUUAAAAUCAGCGACGGCUGCAAAUGCGUCAGAGACUGUGCUAGGCCUCUGUCCUCGCUGACCCCAGACACACACUCUCUCCUUCACCAUGGGUGGUGCUGUGAGUGCCGGAGAGGACAACGAUGAACUGAUCGACAACCUGAAGGAGGCACACUACAUUCGUUCAGAGUUGGUAGAGAGGGCUUUCCGGGCCAUCGAUCGUGCCGAUUACUAUUUGGAGGAGUACAGGGACAGUGCUUACAAAGACCUGGCCUGGAGGCAUGGCAACCUCCACCUGUCCGCUCCCUGCAUCUAUUCAGAAGUGAUGGAGGCGCUGGAGCUGCAGCCUGGCCUGUCUUUCCUCAACCUAGGCAGUGGAACAGGCUACCUCAGCACCAUGGUGGGCCUCAUCCUGGGUCCAUUUGGUGUGAAUCAUGGUGUUGAGCUGCAUGCAGAUGUGGUGGAGUAUGCCUACCAGAAACUCGACUACUUCAUCAAAACCAGUGACAGCUUUGACAGGUUUGAGUUCUGUGAGCCAUCGUUUGUGGUGGGUAACUGUCUGGAGAUUCCUCCAGAGAGCCGCCAGUAUGACAGAGUGUACUGUGGGGCUGGAGUGCAGAAAGAAUAUGAGAACUACAUGAAGAACCUGCUGAAGGUUGGAGGAAUCCUAGUGCUGCCUCUGGAGGAGAAGUUAACCAAGAUCACACGCACUGGUCAGAACUCCUGGGAGACGAAGAAAAUCAUAGCUGUGACUUUUGCUCCUCUGGUGCAGCCCAAGCAAAGCAUUAAUGGGAGAGGCAAGAGUGUGCCACUGCCCAUCUUUGAGGUGCGAACACUGCAGGAUUUGGCACGCAUCUCCAUCCGCCAUACCCUGCGCCAGCCUACGGAGCUGACAGAGGGCCGUUCCAAAAGGCGGGUAUCGUUCCCUGGAGCUCGUGCCAUGCACCGCUAUGGGCCUCGCUUCGAACGCCGCCGAUUCUGUCGCCGCUUCUACCGCCAGUGCAUCAGCUCCACCAUCCUUCACGAGUCCAUGAUGCCGAUGGCCACAGAUGACUGCACCUACCCAGGAGGAGUGGAAGAAGAAGAAGAGGAGGAAGCUGAGGAGGAGAGGAACUGCCACCAAACAGGGGGAGACCUGCAGGAAGAGGAUGAGGAAGAGGAGAGUGCCGCUGGUGAAGAAGAGGAGAAGGUAAAGCGAGUUGAGGCACCCGUCAAUGUUCUGAGGCAGAGGAUCCUGGGACUGCCAUUGCCUGAGCCGCUCAAGAUGUAUCUCUUAUAUUAUCGUGAGAAAUGAGUUAAAGAAAGUUGGUGCCAAUGGGCUAAACUGAAUUUUAAAGGUCCAACUCACAUGAGUCCACCCAUGAUUAAAUCACUACCCCUUUUCCCAUUGAGACACAAACUUGCUGCAUUCUGGAUGCAUGAAGAACUCAUGGGUUUCUUGCACUUUCUUCUUACCACUUGUUUGAGCUAUUUUUUAUUUUUUUUUGGAGUCCCUUCUGUGAUUUCUGUCUGAUUUUAGAAACCCGAUCCCCUUUUUGCAGUGAACAAACACCUGUACAUCAUCUUCAUGAGGCUGGUGGACUAUUUCAGCAAGAUUAGUGUAAUGCUAUGACUUGAAUGACAGUAGCAUCAUUUUUGGAUGUUUGCCAAGAUUGGUGUGAUGGAGUAAAAUCAUUGUAUAUUUUUCUAUAGGUUUAUGAAAGCUGUUGUCUAUUGUUGAACUGCUUUCCUUGUUAGAGUCUCUCUUAUCAUAAGGUACUCAAUUCCAUUUGCAUGUGUAGUGCUACUGUGCACCUGCAUUUUGUUGUGAUGUGUUUCAACACUUUAUGCUGUGCAAGUCAGUUUAUGUUUGGGGAUAAAGAUACAUUCGACACAGUCAUUCUGAUGUCAGUUAAAACAACUGUUAAGGUCUGCACAUCACGUGUAAAUUAAAUUAUUUAUUGUGCCCCUAGAUUCCAGCACACAGCACACACCCCACUGCAACAUGCACACAUGACAUGCUUAUGAGCAUGACAUGGAAAUAAUACUCUCGAGAGCAGUGGUUCUCAAAGCAGGGUGUGGGGAAGUAUAGUCAUGCAGCAUAGCCUGGGGACUGUGACUUUAUUAUUUAUUUCCAGACUACAGUUAUCAAAGUUAUUAUGUUUAAUAAUGAGUUCUGAUAGUUAACUGGUCACUUGAAUCGGAUUGGUUUAGUCCAAACUCCAAACUUGGACCUAAUGUGUUAUGUCUGUGGAUAUUUCAGGAAUAAAAAGCUCUGUGACUAAUAUAUACAGUGCAUUCAGAAAGUAUUCAGACCACUUCAUUUUUUCACAUUUUGUUCCAGCCUUAUACUAAAAUGCUUUAAAUAUCUUUUCAAUCUACACUCCUUACCCCAUAAUGACAAAAAGCAAAUGCCAGAUUUAUGAUAACUGAAGAGAAAACUGAAAUAUCUCAUUGACAUAAAUAUUCAGACCCUUUGCUAUGGCACUUGAUUUUGACAAGUUUCUACACUUUGAUUGGAGUCCAUCUGUGGCAAAUUCAAUUGUUUGGACAUGAUUUGGAAAGGCACACACCUGGCUAUAUAUGGUGUAAUAGCUGAAAAUGCACAUCAGAGCAAAAACCAAGCCAUGAGGUCAAAGGAACUGCACACAUCUGGGGAAGGCUACAAAAAAAAUCUGCCGCAUUGAAGGUUCCCAAGAGCACAGUGGCCUUCAUAAUUCUUAAAUAGAAGAAGUGUCGAACAAUCAGGACUCUUCCUAGAGCUGAUCACCUGGCCAAACUGAGCAAACUGGGAGAAGGGCCUUGGUAAGAGAGGUGCCCAAGAACCUGAUGGUCACUCUGGUUUAGCUCCAGAGAUCAUGUGUGGAGAUGGGAAAAACUUGCAGAAGGUCAGCUAUAACUGCAACACUUUACCAAUCUGUACCAAUCUGGCUUUGUGUCCAGACGGAAGCAAGACAUAUGAAAGUAUGAAAACAUGAAAUUUAAAUUUUUUUUAAUGCAAAUCCCAUGCAGAGGAACCUUCAGUGCAGCAGAAAUUUUUUUGUGGCCUUCUCCAGCUUUGUGCAUUGACAUAACCCUGUCUCUGAGCCCUGCAGGCAGUUCCUUUGACCUCAUGGUGGCUUGGUUUUUGCGAUGAUAUGCAUUUUGGUUUUUGCUAUGAUCUGCAUUGUUAGACCUUAUAUAGACAGGUGUGUGCCUUUCCAAAUCAUGUCCAGUCAUUUGAAUGUCCAGCACCUGAGCUAAAUUUCAAGUGUCACAGCAAAGGGUCUGAAUACUUACGUCAGUAUGAAAUUUCAGUUUUUUCUUUUUAAUAAAUUUGCAAAGUUAUCAUAAAUCUGGUUUUUGCUUUGUCAUUAUGGGGUUUGGCGUGUAGGCUGAUGGGGAAAAAAAUGAAUAAUUUAUGCAUUUUAGCAUAAGGUUGCAACAUAAAAAAAGUGGAAAAAAAGAAGGGGUCUGAAUACUUUCUGAAUGCAUGUAUAUUAUCAUACACUUUUAAAUAAACAUGUUUAAAUAAAUAUUGAGAACCCCUGGUCUAGAGAACACAUACACAUAUUUUCCAAGAUGCAUAAUUUUUUGAUCUCAAACUAGUUUAUGUGUAUUUCAACUACAUCUUAGUUAUAUUUUAAAUGUAACAUGAAGUGCUCAGAAACGAUGUCCCUACUCAGGAAUAUCCCAAGGUUUAACUUUCUAGCAGUAGUUGAAUUGACCAAAAAUUAAAAUUAUAUAAUUUUUUGACCAAAAACAGACAAUAUUGUUAGAUUUUAUACUAUGCUUACUGUAAAAUAGGCUCAGCUCUGAGAAGUAAAACUUCUUUGGGUUACCAUGCUUGCUUCUACUACAAUGCAUUUCAACAAUUUUAAGUACUUUUUUUUCUUCUCUGAUUAUGGACACUGACAUGGAUGCUUAAUGGCUCCUUAAUUCAUUAAAUCAAUCAUUAAAUGCUGCCUACAUGCCUGAAAACAGCAUAUCUAAAUAAUAACUUGAAAUGAUUGUGAGAAUUUAGGUAAUGUAUAGACUUUCAAUAAAUUUCAGUUUGCACAGGCA